ACCGUCACGAAGUCACAGUGAAAUGAUCCAUUCUAUCACUUAUGCUAUUCAAUUCUCUUGAAACAUGAGGAUUCAUGAUUUGGUAGCCCUUUCAGGGCUUCUAGCGGCCACAGAGGCUGCAUCCUUCGGCCAGGAUACCCUACUCAUGCCCAGGAAACAGGCAAAGCAGCCGAACGUGCUGUUUAUCAUGACCGACGAUCAAGAUCUGGAAUUGAAUUCCCCAGCCUUCACACCGUAUAUCCAGAAACAUAUCCGAGACAAGGGCGUUGAAUUUACCAAUCACUUUGUGACAACUUCGCUCUGCUGUCCGUCGCGGGUCAGUUUGUGGACAGGACGGCAGGCUCACAACACCAAUGUUACAGAUGUUUCUCCACCAUGGGGAGGGUAUUCCAAGUUCGUGUCACAGGGUUUCAAUGAGGCCUGGCUGCCUGUGUGGCUGCAGGAAGCCGGCUAUAAUACCUACUACACGGGCAAACUCAUGAACGGCCACACGACUAGUAACUACAAUUCCCCUUUCCCCAAAGGGUGGAAUGGAUCGGACUUUUUGCUUGAUCCGUACACAUAUUCCUACCUCAACUCCACUUACCAGCGGAAUCGUGAGCCACCCAAGAGCUAUGCGGGCCAAUAUACGACAGACGUCAUCGCAGAAAAGGCCGUGGGCUUUCUGAACGACGCUCUAAGUAGUGAUGGGCCGUUUUUCCUUGCUGGCACGCUGAUGACCGCUCCUAUUCCCGCUGAGAGGCACAAGGAUCUCUUUCCAGAUGCCAAGGUGCCACGGACGGCGAAUUUCAACCCCAAGGUGCCUACCGGAGGCGGCUGGGUGCAGCACCUCCCGCUGGCUAAUCAGACCGUCAUUGACUACCAGGAUCACUUCUACCGUCAGCGAUUGCGCUCGCUGCAGGCGCUGGAUGAGAUGGUUGAUACUCUCAUCACGCGGCUAGAGGAAAGUGGUCAAGCCGAAAACACGUAUAUUAUCUACACGGCGGACAAUGGAUUCCACAUUGGGCAGCACCGGAUGCCACCUGGUAAGUCGUCCGGUUACGAGGAGGACAUCCAUGUCCCGUUCUACAUCCGCGGACCCGGCAUUCCCAAAGGGAAAACCGACGAUUCGGUCACUACACACAUUGAUCUAGCUCCGACCUUCUUCCAGCUUGCGGGGAUCCCUCUGCGAGAGGACUUUGACGGCACUCCGCUGCCAGUCGCAAAGGGGGUAAAGGCUAUCGCCCACGAACAUGUCGCUGUCGAAUUCUGGGGUAAAUCGCCCCUGGAGGGAGACUACGGUGCCUUGGCACCUGGUGGCUCGUUCUCCAUGCCCAACAACACGUACAAAUCCGCGCGCAUCGUUGGGAACGGAUACAGUCUGUACUACUCGGUCUGGUGCAACAACGACCACGAGCUGUACGAUAUGCUCCGAGACCCGUACCAAGUCAACAAUCUCUACACCAACGCCAAUGCGACAACGCCCCGUCUCCUCGGCCGCGAUCUGUCCAACGUCAUCACUCGUCUGGACGCACUACUGAUGGUUCUCAAAUCAUGCAAGGGCGAUACUUGCAUCAAGCCGUGGGACGUGAUCCAUCCGGAUGGCUCGGUCAAGGAUCUGCGGGAUGCUUUGAACACAAAGUAUGAUCAUUUCUACCGUGCGCAGCCCAAGGUCUCGUACUCUGCCUGCGAAGGAGGGUAUAUCAUCAGUUCGGAGGGACCACAGAAUGGAUUGGUCUAUCGGGACGGACUGAGCUGGGAGGCUUGGACUUGA